UUCAACAAAAAAAAGUUACUUCAACAUUUUGAUACGUAACUAAAAAUGCUGAAUCCUAAGAAAGUGAAGCAAAAAAAAAAACUUGAAACUUCAAGUAAUUCAAUGGUGUAAACUUGUUAAGUUUGUGAAGUCGGUUCAGUAGUUCAUAAGGUAUGAGGAGCAAGAUCAGGCGUUCCCACUUUUUAUGGUCUUGGGUGUUAGUGUUACUAUAUAAAAUACACUUUUGGCCUUUGAGUGUUAAGUAUCUCCCAUUAAAAUUGACAUCAAGGUCGCGAAAUAAUGUCGUUUUCCAGUAAAUGUUGAUCAUAGUCCAAGAAUUAAAAUUUAUUGAUUAUUUUCCGAGCGACCGACAUAAAUGACAGUUGAACGUCCCUGAUGAGACACAAUUCGGCAGACCAGCCAACCGGUUUCUGUCAUCAAUCCCGGCCGACUGACGUCAAUGGGCGCUCUCAAAUUGAAACAAGUUUUUCGAUCGAUCCAAGGAAUCUCCCUUCCCGCAUUUGUAUUCGAUUUCAAGCGCGAUUCGGUUGGAGUCCUAUUUCAACUCCCAUCCAUUGGUGCUAAAGUAUAAGUUAACCAAACUCCACCCAACCAUGUUUUGUCCUGCUGAUCCUCACGAACUAGGACUAGUGUCAGUGAUUGUCGAAUCAGAUUUCUAACAUUAGGUGAAUGGAGUGAAGAGCGAUCAUCGGAGCGGCGAUUAAGCUCAGCCGAAUCACUAAAUGUUAUGCUGGACAACUGUCGCGAUGCUGCCACGCUGCUCUCGAAGAACAUCGUGAAAACCGAGUUCAUCUACCGGUACCUGCAGAGCUACAACUUACAACCGGCACCGGAAAGUACAAAGUCAAGCCUCAUACGGCAAUGUCUGAACUUUUGGCGCGUCAAGUAUGGUGCUCCACCUGAAACGAUAGCCCCCGGACAGGACAUGCAAGGUACAGCGACGGUGCUGCCCUCUACAUCGGCAGAGUCCAGCUCUUCAAAUAGCACUAUGCAAAACACGUUGGGCACCAUGAAAAAUUUGAUUGCCACCGGUGGCCCCAUAGAGAACAACACUAACGGUCCCGGAUAUGAUGCGACCCAGCCGGGACUGGAACAGUAUCCGGUUAAUCUACUGGCACUGGACUUCACCAUUUGGUUCUACCUGAAAUGGAACCGAAACUCACUGGACGAGAGUGCGUUUUGGCCGAACGCCAUUUGCUCGGUCAUGCUCGAGAUUAGCGAAACUCAACAGGGUGUGGAACAAGUUCACGGCCACAAGGACAUUAUGAAUUUGAUUCUGAGCCUGAAAUUCCAGUAUAGUUUUCAGCUGGUGCCGAAUGUGAUGUUCGAUGGCUGCCAGGGACGGAUAGCGGAGAGUGGGGUGGUCGUGAUGAGCGUGGGUGUAGUGUACAAUAAUCAGCGGGGGGUGGACAAUCGACUGACCAGUUUGGGUGAGUUUGAGAGUAUGAUUGGAUUGCGUAGAGAUCCACAGGAAAACAACAACUGGAAGAUUACGACCUUCAGACUGUACAUCCGAUACAAACCUGUAGACAAUUUACCUGCGCUGUCGAAUAGCAAAAUGCUUACCGAAUGUAUGUUGAUUCCGCUAACCCUGGACAGUGUCUAGGAUAGAGAGGAUGCCUCGCUAGAAUAGAUCGCUGUAGUAUUAGUGCAAUUUUAAAAUGUAGUGCCCAGGAUUGUAUGUAUGUAGCGUUACAACGAAUUUAUGAAAUAAGAUGUAUUGUUGAUUUUA